GUCCGGUUGACUGUUUGGGGAGCGAACGCGCGGUGUUGGCUGUUGUCACGAUGGACCAGCAUCAUUUUGCAUUGUUGGCCGAAACCAGUUUCUGAACCAGUCUAACGAGCACAACCGUAAGAUAAUCGAUGCGUACAAGCAGUACAUCAUGGAAAUCGCAAACCUUACGAACUACGGGAAGAUGGAGGAGGAAGAUCUUCGAGCUCUUGCGAAGGAAGUUGUUGACCUCGAAGUUAAGAUUGCAGAGAGAACGCGAUCACAAGAAGAAAGGCGUGAUUACCAUGCAAUGCACAACGAAUUAACUGUGGGUGAACUGAAGCAGGAGUUUCCGAAGGGCUGCAAUGAGACGUUCAUUGAGGAGGAGAAAACCAGAGACACGAAGACAACAAGGAUAACACCAACACUUUCUGAGAAUUUCUCUAGUGUUCUUCCCAUCAUGUACCAGCUAGCCUGCGCCCUCUCCCUUCUGUCGAGAUAUACAGGGUGUUUGCUAUAACGUGUCCAGA